AUGCCAGAAAAUAGUGAGAAAACUGUUUUAUCGUUGGAACAAUUGAAAAAUUUCCAAGAUGAAUAUAAAAGUGAUUUGAAAAACCUCGUCGCUCAAUCGGCUUGUUCUCAACAUACACUUUCGGAUGUUAUUGUCAACCGACAAAAACGUUUCUCAACUGUACACGUGUUUAAUACAAAGCUUGCCGUCGAAGGCCGCCCAGUAACAAACCAAAAAGCUUCAGGCCGUUGUUGGAUAUUUGCUUGUUUGAAUGUCAUUCGAAUUCAAGUGAUGAAAACACUUAAAAUUCAAGAACUAGAAUUAAGUCAAAAUUAUCUUUUCUAUUACGAUAAAAUCGAACGAUGUCAUUAUUUUCUUACGUCGAUGAUUGAAUUAGCAAAAAAGAAAGAACCAAAAGAUGGUCGACUAGUGCAAUAUCUUUUACACGAAUUACUUAUUGAUGGAGGCCAAUGGGAUAUGCUUGUUAAUCUGAUAAAUAAAUAUGGUGUUGUACCAAAAAAUGCGUUCCCUGAAAGUUCAUCAUCUGAAGCAGCUGUGUUUAUGAAUAAAUUUCUUCGUGCUAAAUUACGUGCAUUUGCUCAAGAAAUCUUCGACUUAGUUGAACAAGGAAAUGUCAACGACGAUGAUUUGUUGAAAAGAGAAGCUGCAAUGAUGAAAGAACUUCAUCAAAUUGUCACCACGUGUUUGGGAUCACCACCAGAGCAAAUAACAUUUGAAUAUUAUGAUGUUAAUAAACAGAGUAAAAAAAUUGGACCAAUUAGUCCAAUUGAAUUCUAUCAACAAAUUGUGAAACCCGUGUUUGAUAUUGAUAAUAAAGUAUGUCUUGUGAACGAUCCUCGAGCUUCUAAUGCCUAUGGGCGUUUAUAUACAGUUGAAUAUCUUGGAAAUAUUGUUGGUGGCCGAAAAACUCGAUACAAUAAUCAACCUAUUCGAGUGCUUAAGCAAGCCGUAUACGAUUCGAUUGUCGCCGAUGAAGCUGUUUGGUUUGGUGUUGAUUUUGGUAAACAUAUGCACGCGAAAUACGGAAUACUUGAUUUGAAAAUUUUUGAUACACAACUUUAUUUUAAUUCAAAAUUUCCGUGUCAAACUAAAGCAUCACGAUUAGAAUACGGUGAAUCGUUAAUGACACAUGCUAUGGUAUUUACAGGUGUUCAUGUUGAAAAAGGGCCACCAAAUGAUGUAAAUGACAAUAAUCAAGCCACUGAUUUACAAUUUAUUCGAUAUCGUGUCGAAAAUUCUCACGGAGAGGAUAAAGCGGAUAAAGGUUAUGUUGUUAUGACAGAUGAUUGGUUCAAUGAAUAUUUAUACGAAGUUGUAGUUGACAAGAAACAUUUGUCAAAUGAAGCUCUUGCUGUUCUUGAACAAGAACCAAUUGCUUUAAAAGCUUGGGAUCCUAUGGGGGCUUUAGCAGAUUAG